AUGACAGAUAUUGAGGAGUUUGAUGAUGUAGUUGAUGAUGCCUUGAAUAAUUGCCCGGUUGAUGAGAGAUCUGAGUUGCCUCAGCACACUGAUCAGCGGAUUGAGCAAAAUGAGCCUAAAAUUGGGAUGGAGUUCAAUGAUCCAGAUGAAUUGUUUGAGUUUUACAAAGACUAUGCAAAGAGCAGUGGAUUUCCAAUUAAGAAACAUACAAGAAGGAAGAAUGAAAUGGGCAUUGUUAGAAGUAUGACUUUUGUAUGUGGUCGAGCUGGCAAACAUAAUAGUACUUGUCAAAAUCCCUUAAAACCACAAGCAAGCUACAGAGUUGGGUAUAAUGCAAAGAUAACAGCUAGGUUGAAUCUGGACGGAAGAUGGGAAAUAUCAGUGGUUGUUCUGGAGCAUAAUCAUGGCCUUAGCCCUAGUAAAAGUCGUUUCUUUCGAUGCAACCAAAGAAUUAGUGCACAUGUUAGGCAUCAAAUUAAUCUGAAUGAUCAAGCCGGGAUCAGAAUCAACAAAAAUUUUAGUUCACUAGUACAUGAGGCUGGUGGAUAUGAGAAUCUGUUGUGUGAUGAAAAGGCUUGCAGGAACUUGGUUGAUGAAUCAAGGCGUUUACGUCUCGGCGAAGGUGAUGCUUCAGCGAUUAUGAAAUAUUUUUCAAGGAUGGUUGCAGAAAAUUCAGGUUUCUAUUUUAAUAUUGAAUUGGAUGAUGAAGAUCAUUUGAAAAAUGUAUUUUGGGCAGAUGGUAGGAGCAGAGAAGCUUAUAAAGAGUUUGGUGAGGUCGUCACUUUUGAUACCACAUACUUAACUAAUAAGUAUGAUAUGCCAUUUGCACCAUUUGUUGGCGUUAACCAUCAUGGGCAAUCAAUUUUACUUGGAUGUGGGUUGAUUUCAAAAGAAGACACAGAGACUUUCAUAUGGCUAUUUACAAAGUGGGUUGAAUGCAUGGAUGGAUGUGCUCCGCAAGGGAUAAUAACUGACCAAGCAAGAGCCAUGAAAAAUGCAAUUGAGAUUGUUUUUCCAAACACUAGACACAGAUGGUGUUUGUGGCAUAUAAUGAAGAAGCUGUCAGAAAAGUUAGGAAGGUACACUCAAUAUGAGGCCAUCAGUUCUACCAUGAAAGGAGUGGUGUAUGACGCACAAAGUCCACAAGAGUUUGAACAAUAG